CUCCAGGACAAGGUUCACCAAGCCUGCCUCAGAACUGCAGACCGAUUUAAGGUGGACUAUGAGCACAUCCUUGCUGAUUAUGACUUCAAACCUGGCACCCUGGUUCUCAUUUGCAAUACUCAGAUUGAGAAGGAACUUGACCAGAAAUCAAAGCCCCAAUUUCUUGGCCCCAUGGUUGUGGUCACACAUACUGCUAGAGGCAGUUAUGUCAUUGCCAACUUGGAUGGAGCCAUCCUCAAAGCCCAGAUUGUGCAGUUCCAAGUGUAUCCCUACCACCAACAAUCUGACUGCACA